CGUUGCUAAAGACCCUUUACAACAAUGCUAAAGACAUAGCAGUCUCUUACAGACGGGAUCUAACCCUAUGUGAAUAGUUGACCGGAGUAUUUUGCAUAUCUUUUUUAUCUCUUCCAGUUCAUUUCGAGUAAUAAAUUAUGCUUAAUAUAGUACGGAGUGCACUUCGCAACACUUAUGGUGUAGCCCGAAGUUGCUACAUCAAUGGAAGCCUACUUCAAUGUAAAAGACUUUCGACAGGAGUUCCAGCCUUUACUGCUGAAGUUACAAAACCUGCUCCAGACUUCAAAGGUACAGCAGUUAUAAAUGGAAGCUUUAAAGAGAUAAAACUUUCAGAUUAUAGAGGGAAAUAUGUUGUGCUGUUCUUUUAUCCUUUAGAUUUCACAUUUGUUUGUCCUACUGAAAUUAUUGCAUUCAGCGAGGCAGCAUCUGAGUUUAAAGCUUUAAAUACCGAGUUAAUAGCAGCUUCUGUAGAUUCUCAUUUCAGUCAUUUGGCAUGGAUAAAUACUCCUAGAAAACAUGGAGGUUUGGGAUCUAUGAAUAUUCCAGUUCUUUCAGAUUUGUCAAAAUCAAUUGCAAAAGAUUAUGGAGUUUUACUAGAUUCUGGUAUAGCAUUAAGGGGUUUGUUCAUCAUUGAUCCUCAAGGAAUUGUGCGACAAAUUACCAUAAAUGAUUUGCCUGUUGGUCGAUCUGUUGAUGAAGCUCUGCGCUUAGUAAAAGCAUUUCAGUUUGUAGAAAAGCAUGGUGAAGUGUGUCCUGCUAAUUGGAAACCUGAUUCGCCUACCAUAAAACCUGAUCCGAAAAAGGCAAUGGAGUAUUUUGAAAAAGUGAACUAAAUACAGCAAAUGAAUCAAAAAUGAACUAACUAUAGUUAUUUUUUGAUUUCUGAAUUGUAAUAGUUGUUCAAAUAAACAUUUUUAAGUAACACUUUCCUGUGUUUAAUAUUUUUCAAGAAAACUAUCUUUUUGUUCAGUAGAUAUCAAACAAGUUAAGUGAUAUGUGUUUUAACAAUGUUUUAAAAAUAUAUUUUUGCCUAUUCAGAUGAUUUUUCCUCACCAUAAAUAGUUUUAAAUUUCUAAAAUGUGUUAAAAUCAUGCUGAACUUUUUUUUGUUUUUAUAAGUAUCAAUUUUUAAUCUUUCUCACUAAGUCAGCUCUUAAUUCCCAUUUAAUUCCGAACUACAGAAUGUGUUUUCAAUUUUUAAUAAGUUUCCCCCUUUUUGGUUCAAAUGUGUAUUCAUUUAUUUAGUUUUUGAAAAACUUAUUAUCAUUAUUAUUUUUUUUUUAAAUAAGUUUAAUUCAGAUAGUGUUUUAUUUAUUAAAAUUCUACUAUGACAUACAUUACUCUAUUUUUGAGCUUUACUUGUUUAUUUUGCUUGUUUGAUGUUUGAUGAAGCAAAAAUUAAUCAUAUUUAAAAAAUAUUUUGGUAUCACAAUUGAAUUGCCAAAAUUUCUUAUGCAUGGAUUUUCGGAAUUUUUUAGCUCUGUAUUUUAUUUCUGGAAAACUAAAGUUUUUUUUUUUUUUUAAUAAUAUGAAAUCUUAUCUAAAGACAUUGGAAGGCGGCAUAAAUGUCCAAGCUGUUUUUUGUAAAACUUUUGAAAGAAAGAAUGAAAAUUUUGGAAUAACAUUAAAUAAGUAUCUGAGAUGUCUAUUUUGCAAUAAUCUUUGAACACAUGACUUCAACAACACAUAAAU